AUGCCACCGCCAAACAUGCUGAUUUCUCCGAGACUUGCAGCACCGGCCGCCUCUUGGACCUCCCCUUCCUCCACUCUCAGCACCACCACGCCCACACGUCCAGGGAUCCGCGGUCGGAGACGAAGCGGUUUCCACGCACCGGCCGGCACGGCUUCUCGUCACCACCGCGACCGUAGCCGCCCGGCGCUCCGCUUCGCAUACAGCGUACCCUCCGCCUCUGUCACGACUACCAGCUCACCGGAGCCCAUCGAUUCCCGAUUCGACAGCGACGAGCUCGGGCAGCUGGGCCGAGAACCCAACCCGGAGCCCGUCGUUAGCUUGCUCGACCAAUUGCUCCAACGAGGCAGGGCCGAACAACUCGAGCCGGAGGAGCAGGCCGCCCUCCUCCAAGCCUGCGCCGACACGCAGUCGCUGGCCUCGCUCAGGCGCGCCCACCGCCUGCUCUCGUCCAGGCCGGGGUCCGCGAUCCCCGCGCCAGUCCUGCACAGGAUCGCCACGCUGUACCUCAAGCUCGGCGCCCGCGGCGACGCGCGGCGAGCCCUCGAGGAGCGGCCGAGGCGGCGGCCUCCGGCGAGGGAGGAGGACGCGGCGGUCCGGGCCAAGCGGCGGAGGCGUACGCGAAGCGAGCGCCUGGCCAUCGCGUUCGGCCUGGUGAGCACGCCGCCGGGGACGCCGCUCCGGGUCAUGAAGAACCUCCGCAUCUGCGGGGACUGCCACAACGCCGUCAAGCUCAUCGCCAAGGUCACCGGCCGCGAGAUCGUCGUCAGGGACAACAAACGCUUCCACCAUUUCAAGGACGGCGCCUGCUCCUGCGGAGACUACUGGUGA